AUGGCAUUAUGCAAGUACAGAUUAAAAUUAUCGAUGGAGCGGGCUGGUUUAAUGGAUACAACUAUACAAGCAACGAUGGAGCUACAAUGGGACACUAGGUUGAUCGACAACGAGGUCAAAGAGAUCAAAGAUGGAACCAAAAGUAACAAGUUAUCAAAUUCUGAGCCUCUUGUUUUAGAUAUAGAAGACUUCAAGGGGGACUUCUCAUUUGAUGCUUUAUUUGGAAACUUAGUAAAUGAGCUGCUGCCAUCUUUCCAAGAAGAAGAUACUGACUCAUUAGAGGGAAAUAGUAAUAUUAGUGCCAAUGAUACUUUAUCAAAUGGAAGGUCAGUCCAGGGACAAUCAAGUCCGCUAUUCCCAGAAGUUGACUCUUUAUUGUCAAUGUUUAAGAAUUCCUGUUCGCAGUUAGUUGAACUCCGGAAACAGCUUGACGGAAAACUGUAUAAUCUUAAAAAAGAUGUUGCUUCACAAGACUCGAAACAUAGGAAGACACUUGGAGAGCUCGAAAAAGGUGUCGAUGGCUUGUUUGAUAGUUUUGCAAGAUUGGAUUCACGGAUAUCUAGUGUUGGACAAACAGCUGCUAAAAUUGGGGAUCAUUUGCAGAGUGCAGAUUCACAGAGAGAGACUGCUAGCCAGACGAUGGAGCUAAUAAAGUACUUGAUGGAAUUCAACAGUAGCCCUGGUGACCUGAUGGAACUGUCUCCUUUAUUUUCUGAUGACAGCCGUGUUGCCGAGGCUGCUUCAAUUGCCCAGAAAUUGCGUUCAUUUGCGGAGGAAGAUAUUGGAAGACAGGGUGUGACUAUGCAUUCUGUUCCAGGGAAUGCAACUGCUAGUAGAGGAUUGGAGGUUGCUGUUGGUAACCUUCAAGAAUACUGCAAUGAGCUGGAGAACAGAUUGCUGUCCCGGUUUGAUGCUGCAUCUCAGAAAAGAGAGUUGUCUACCAUGGCCGAGUGUGCAAAAAUCCUAUCUCAGUUUAACAGAGGUACCAGUGCCAUGCAACAUUAUGUCGGUUUGCGUCCAAUGUUUGAUGUUGAAGUCAUGAAUGAAGACUCCAAAGCUGUUCUUGGUGACCAGGAUUCCCUACCUAGUCCCAGUAGUGUGGCCCGUGCACUUUCAUCUAGGUACAAAGAGAUUACAGAUACUGUCAGAAAGGAAGCAGCCACUAUUAUGGCUGUAUUUCCUUCUCCAAAUGAUGUUAUGUCAAUUUUGGUACAGCGAGUGAUGGAAGACCGAGUUCCUAAACUUUUAGAGAAGCUAUUGGUGAAACCAUCUUUAGUACAUCCACCUCCAAUGGGAGAAGGUGGUCUGUUGCUAUACCUUAGAAUGCUAGCGGUGGGGUAUGAGAAGACACAGGAACUUGCCAAAGAUCUACGCAGUGUUGGAUGCGGUGACUUGGAUAUUGAAGGCCUAACAGAAUCUCUAUUCCUGGAUCACAAAGACAUGUACAUUGAAUAUGAGCAAGCUUCUUUAAGACAACUGUACAAAGCUAAGAUGGAGGAACUGCUUUCUGAGAGCCAGCUGUCUGGAGAGUCAACAGGAUCAAUUGGACGUUCGAAAGGUGCUUCAAUAUCAUCUUCCCACCAGCAGAUAUCUGUCACAGUGGUCACCGAGUUUGUGCGUUGGAACGAAGAAGCAAUCUCAAGAUGCACUUUGUUAUCAUCCCAGCCUGCUAAUCUUGCAGCCAAUGUCAAAACUGUGUUCACUUGCCUUCUAGACCAAGUCAGUCAAUAUACAACAGAAGGACUUGAAAGAGCCAGAGAUGGCCUCACAGAAGCUGCAGCUUUGAGGGAGAGGUUUGUUCUGGGAACUAGUGUUAGUCGAAGAGUUGCUGCUGCUGCUGCUUCAGCUGCAGAAGCCGCCGCCGCUGCUGGUGAAAGCAGUUUUAGAUCUUUCAUGGUUGCGGUACAACGUUGCGGAAGUAGUGUGGCUAUUGUUCAGCAAUACUUCGCUAAUUCUAUUUCAAGGCUUUUGUUACCUGUGGAUGGUGCGCAUGCUGCUUCGUGUGAAGAAAUGGCAACAGCUAUGGCCAGUGCGGAGGGGGCUGCAUAUAAAGGGCUCCAACAGUGCAUUGAGACAGUUAUGGCCGAGGUGGAGCGGUUACUUUCAGCUGAGCAAAAAGCUACCGAUUAUAAGUCACCUGAUGAUGGUGUUGUGCCUGAUCAUCGGCCCACAAAUGCAUGCAUAAGAGUUGUGGCAUACCUCUCCCGUGUGCUUGAGGCAGCAUUCACCGCACUAGAAGGUCUGAACAAGCAAGCUUUCCUAACUGAAUUGGGGAACCGCUUGCACAAAGGACUGAGUAAUCACUGGCAGAAGUACACUUUUAAUCCCAGUGGAGGAUUAAGGCUCAAGCGUGACAUCACCGAAUAUGGGGAUUUUGUAAGAAGCUUCAAUGCCCCCACAGUUGACGAGAAAUUUGAAUCAUUAAGCAUUAUGGCCAAUGUCUUUAUCGUUGCACCUGAAAGCUUGUCAAGUCUGUUUGAAGGCACACCAAGCAUACUGAAAGACGCUCAAAGAUUUAUUCAGCUUAGAGAGGACUAUAAAAGUGCAAAACUUGCAGCAAAGCUCAGCUCCCUUUGGCCAAGCUCUUAAUGCAGAAAUUCACAAACUUCAACCAUCAGAUAAUGUGAUAUCAGCCUUUUCUUCUUCUUUAAGUUGAGAUUUAAACGACUAGAUUUUGUGUACUAGUACCCGAUGUAUUGUUUAUAUCACAUAUAUUUCUUUUUUUUAUUUUAUUUUUAUUAUUAAUAUUUUCUAUUUCUGUACCAACAUGGGUGGUUCAUUGUUAAUGUAAUUGUUGUAGAGUUUAGUUUUAAA